CGGCUUGCUGUUUUGCAGAAAAAUCGCAGUUUGCCGGCAAAGGAUGAAGUGCGCAGUUGACAUCCGCGGCAACAGAUUUCUUUGCGAGUUCUUUAAAAAACAUCACGGUGAAAGCAAACUCAUUUUCCGGGGGAAAAAUUUCCCAACAGCCCGCGAAACUUUCCACCGGAAACUUUCCACUCAAUAUUGCCAAAACGAAAAAAACCCAAUAAUUUGCGGAUAACUUUCCAAGAUGUGGUCGUCCAGGAAAGCCAGCCAUUCAAAAUGGGAGAGCCAUUCAAACAACAACAAAGACACGGUGAAAAGAGCGCGAAAUGAGCGCUCCUCAAGGCAGGUCAACAAAAAGCUAGUGAAACUACUCCUGGCGGAGCCAGACGACAAUGACGCCACUAGCGCCACCAGCUCCACUGCCACGCCAGACAGUGCGUUCUUUGACUGUCAUUCUGAAGAGGAAAGCUCUGGGCUCCAGGAGUGGGAUCUCCCGCCUGGUAGCAAGUGUCGCACUUGCUUUCGCAUCAUAUCACGGGAUGAGGGUGUUAAGGAUCUCUAUGACAGGGACAACAUGGCGCUCCUUCACCACAUAAAGGUCACCACUGGAGUAUGGAUUCAACAAGGAGUAAAGGAGCUACCGCAUCACAUUUGUGCAACGUGCCAGGAAACUCUGAAGAAAGCCGUAGAAUUCCGAGGCAAGUGCCAGCAGAUUGACAAAAAGCUUAGGCAGACGACGGAAAAGUACAAUUUCCAAAUUUGUGACGAAGAAAUGGAGUCGGAGCUGGAAAAUGUCCUCUAUGAAGAGUCCGUCCAGCAGGCGCAGGAAGUCCUAGGACCAGAAGAUUUCAGCCCAGAGCUGUGGUCCGAAAGUGAGUGCGCCCUGGAUGAAGAGGACUUUCCACUGGAUCUAGAGUCAGUCACUAGAGUCACUCAGUCACUGAGUGAAGACGACUUAGGUCUUGGCGAAGAUACAGAAAAAGUCUUAGCUCUGGAGCAAAAAAAGCCAUCAUGGAAUGAAAUAAUUGGCAUACAAAAAUGUAAGACUGAGGCAGAGAUUGGUAAAGUAGAGUACGGAGCUAAGGUCUAUAAGGUUGUGUUGGGUGAAUACAAUAGCCAAAAAGAAGCUGAACCAAAGUAUUCGCUUCCACUACCAAAGCGACCUCGAUUGAGGGUGAGUCCAGAGGAGAAGAAACGAAGGCAGCGCGAAAGAGUUCAAGCCAAGCCUUUCAAUUACGUCUGCGACAAGUGCGGACACUCUUUCCGCCAACGCAUUCAGCUACAGAUGCACUUGCUCCGGCACAAUAGCGCCAAGGACUUUGAGUGCCCAGAGUGUCCGAAGAAGUUCUACGAUGUAUAUACGCGCAACAUUCACGUAAGGGUGCGGCACAAGGGGGAGCAUCCCUUUCGCUGCAACCAUUGCAAUGAGUCGUUCUCAAACGCAAGUAGUCGUCACAGACACGAGAGAAAUGUUCAUGGGGCAGGCAAUCGCAUUCGCUCGCAGAAGAAAUCGAGGGAAGAAGGCGCCAGUCGCCACUACUGCACCAAGUGCCCCAAAAGUUAUACCAGCAAGAACGGUCUAGCCCUACAUAUGAACUCCCACAACGGCACCAGGCCCUUCCAGUGCAAAAAUUGUCACAGGUCAUUCGCAGACCCAUCUGCCAUGAAGCGGCAUCAGGCUUUACAUGAAAAGUUUCCGUUUCGCUGUGAUAUCUGCUUGAAGGGAUUCUUGCUGAGCUCACUACUUACAAAGCACCUGGAUGUACACACAGGAAAACGUCCUCAUAGGUGCGAGCUCUGUGAUGUUCACUACCGCCAUAGAUAUAAUCUAAACAAACACAAAACCUCCAAAUUGCAUAGGGAUAAUGUGCAAAAAGCCGAGGAAGAGGAAAUCAACAGACUGCAAUAUAUACUUACAGAUUUUCAAAGCUACUAACGAUAUCAACAAGCUGGACUUCGAAUCUCAAAAACAAUACUUCACUAUGAUUAAGCCAAAUGCACAAGAAGUGCGAGCCAGAACUCAGGAAGAAUAGACUCAAAC